CCCAAGAUGAGACUUGCUCAAAGUUUUUACCUACUAUUGCUGGUGUGUGGAAAGGUCGCCGCUUUUCCCGUGACGGAGUCGGUGCAAACGGCGGAGCGGUCACCUGCACCAGCCCUGAGCUGUGCAACGUGCGACUCUCUGGCGCUGCAGAUCCAGAGCUCGGCGGCAGAACUCCGCGACUCUCAGCUGUGUGAGUAUUUCUCCUUCUGUGACGGGGACCAGGGCUCGCUGCUCACCUACGACUUCAACCUGCCGCAAAUCCGAGCUCAGGACAGAUGCACAAAGAUCAGUUUCCAUAAGGAAACAUGCCUCAAAGCAAUUGCAGCAGGUCUCCAAAACUACAACCAUUUUUUAUUGUUGGUGGAAAGAUCCAUCAUGGGUUCAAAUAAUCAAAUGAUAUGGAUGCGAUCCAGCACCCAGCGUCUGACUGAACUGGUAAUGCACCAGUUAAAUGUCGAGUUUGACAUCAGUAACAAGAGCGAGAGUGAAUCGGAAGCUUCUGCCUUCGGCUUGGUGUCGAAAACAGACUGGAACAGACAAGUGAACACACAUGUCAUCCUGCGAGACUUCACCCGGUUCAUGGAGAAAUCAUCCCGAGCCCUUCGCUUCAUGAAUUCAGUAAUGAAUUUGUGA